AGACCUCUGUUUUUUUUUUCUCUUUAAUGAAUGAAGAAGAACACGCAAAACGAGGCAGGCUCCUUCUCUCUGUAUCCACUGUCUCGGAUUCCUCUUUUUGCUUUUUUUUUUUUUUGUUCCCUUUGGUUGUAUCGUUUGAUUUUGCUCUCCUCCUCUAUCCUCUUCACAAACCCUGUAAAAGUCUUCAUUUUCAUCAGAGGGCAGUCUCCGAAUUGCUUCAGGAUUUUCAAAAGUUUCAGACUUGAAAUCCUGUUGGCUCUUCUUAGAAUUCCUGUUGGCUCUUCUUAGCUUCCAUCCAUCAAUGCGCUCGAUUUUAUUACACCCCAACCACUCUUUCUUUUGCAUUGCCUCUGGGACUUCUUCUCUCGUCUCUCUGUCUGCCUUCUACUGCUCUGUUUUUCCUUUGCUAUUUUCCCACUGUUAUAGCCACCGAUAUAUCAACCCAAAAGAAAGUCCAACAAAUUUCUCUUUCAUUGCUCGUUUUCGUUUACUCUGUCUUGUCUCAAUCGUCAUUACGAAACCUUUCUCAAACUGGGUUCCUCGUUUUGUGUUGAAAUCCGUCUUCUUUGGUGCCUGAGUUAAAGCUUGCUCGGUUUUCCCCUGUUUGUCUCUGUUUCCUUUGUUUUGGGGCAGUUACUCCUAAACAUGGGCUUUCUUUACUAAAAUUACUUCCUUAAUUUAAACCCAAAGUUGGGUUCUUUUUUGUCCCUCUUUAGUUUUGGCCACUAACAAAAUGGGGUUAAUUUUAUGAACGGGUUCAUUUCAUUCUUGGUGUAGAAAAAAAUGGGUUGUGGAAACUCUAAAGCUGAGAAAAAUGAAGCCUUGCGUCUAUGUAAAGAAAGAAGGAGAUUCAUAAAGCAAGCUAUCGAGUCGAGGUAUGCUCUUGCGGCUGCACAUAUUUCUUAUAUUCAGUCUCUUAAAAAUAUUGGCAUAGCUUUGAGAAGAUUUGCUGAAGCUGAGAUAUUGAUAGAGUCUUCUCUGUCAACUUCAGCUACCGAGCUUGACAAAACCCCUUCCCAUUCCUCCUACCCGUCACCAUCUCCUUCUCACUUAGGAGCUGAGGUUUCUGAUUCACCAUUGAAUAAUGAGAGCCCCAUUUCACCGGCAAUGGCGAAUUUGAGUUACAUGAGAGCUGGACAUAGUGCUGCAGUGACUCUCAAGGUUAAUCCUAGUAAUGGUAGUUUUGUGGAGGAUGAGUCAUUGGCAAUGGCAAUGCCGCCUCCUCCACCUCCUCCUUUUGAGUCAGGUUCUUCUUGGGAUUUUUUUGAUCCUGUUGAUGAUUGUGAGAGUUUUAGAUUUGUGGGGAAUAAUGGAGUGGAUAUGGAUUUUGAGGAUUUGAGAGUGUGGAGAGAGUGUAGGAGCAAAGGGGUUGAUCAUGGUGGUUUGGAUGGAAAUAAUGAGUUGAAUGAAGGAACUUUGUGGCCAGAGUCGGAGAGAAACGCUGUCAAAAGGUCUGAUAGUUCAGCAACUCGUAAUCGUAAUCCUGGUAGUGUGAUGGAGAAUGAUGUGUUUUUGACUGGACUAAGGGGAGGAAAUGGUGGUAGUAGGCUGCCAAAUAGCAAGGAAGUGAGGCAGCUAGGUGCGGAACAUAAUGUCAAUGGGCCAGGUGAAACUUUGAUGGGCAAAGGUGCUCUUGAGCAAUCAAGUUCAAAAAGGGAGAAGGCUGCGGCAGAGAAGGAUUUAUCUGCAGAGAGAGAAGACCCUUCUGAGUUUAUAACCCACAGAGCUAAGGAUUUUCUUUCAAGUAUAAAGGAUAUUGAACAUCGUUUCUUCCGAGCCUCUGAAGCAGGCAGAGAAGUCUCCCGGAUGCUUGAGUCAAACAAAAUCCGGGUUGGAUAUUCCGAAGCCAAAGGGGGAUCCUCAGCUUUUCUGGCAGCUUUCCAACUUGUUUGCUGCCGUGGAAAUUCUGCCCUUGUCUCUCAUGAGCCAGUACAACAUGUGACUAAAGUCAUAACUUGGAAGAGGUCAGCAUCUUCAAGGUCUUCUUCAUCGAGGAAUCCACUAGCCACAGCAUCUAAAGAUGAUGCUGAUGACAGUGGAAGUGAUUUUAUUGAAGAGUUCUGCAUGAUUGCUGGAAGUCAUUCGUCCACCUUGGACAGACUGUACGCAUGGGAAAGAAAACUCUAUGAUGAAGUAAAGGCCAGUGAAUCUAUCAGGAAGGAGUAUGAUCGGAAGUGUGGUCAGCUCAGGCACCAGUUUGCCAAGGAUCUUAGCACUCAAGUGAUUGAUAAAACCCGGGCAGUUGUAAAGGAUCUGCACUCCCGAAUUAGAGUGGCACUUCAUUCUGUUGAUACUAUAUCAAAGCGGAUUGAAAAAAUGAGAGAUGAAGAGUUGCAACCACAACUUGUUGAAUUAAUUCAGGGAUUGCUCAGGAUGUGGAAGGCCAUGCUUGAAUGCCAUCAUUCGCAGUAUAUCACCAUCUCGUUGGCUUACCAUUCAAGGAGCUCGACAGGUGCUCCACAGGGAGAUUCCCGCAGGCAGAUUAUGACUCAGCUUCAGCAAGAGAUUGAAUGCUUUGGCAUAAGCUUUACAGACUGGGUCAAUAGCCAUGCAUCUUAUUUGGAAGCCCUGAAUGGUUGGCUGCAAAACUGCAUCAUAGAACCACAGGAGCGUUCAAAGCAUAGGAAUCCAUUCUCUCCUCAUCGAUAUCUGGGAUUAGGACCACCAAUAUUUGUUCUAUGUCGUGAGUGGUCAGCUGGGAUAAAAGCUUUGCCAGCCGAGGAGCUUAGUGAUGCCAUCAAAGCCUUCUUAUCUGAUCUUUGCCAUCUAAUGGACCAACAAGUAGAACAACUGCAGAAGGAAGAGAUAUCAGUUGAUGCAAACAACGGAGAAUCAGAGAGCAAAGAUGCUGUUAACACAUUAACAGAUGGUGAUGCAAAUGAAGAUGUAACUUCAAACUUGUUCUGCAUACAAACAAGUUUGACUCGGGUUCUUGAUAGACUAAACAAAUUUUCUGAGGCCUCUCUGAAAAUGUACGAGGAUGUUAGACAGAGAAGUGAAGCUGCUCGAAUUGCAUAUCUCAAAUUGCAGGCCAACUAGAUUUUAUAAGGCUAUGUAAUUAUUAAAUAUAAGCAUAUCAAGGUUUGGUUUGGGAAAUAGAUGGUUGUAAAUUUCAAAGAUUUGUUGCAAAUAGCUUUGCUGAGGAAAUAGAACAAUUUUGGAAAUGUCAAAAAUACUAUUCCUAUCAAAAUUGGAUUGGAGGAAUUGAAGACAAGUAAAUGUGCAGGAUUCAGUUGUCUGCUUUAUCAUCUGUCCCUCACUGUUGAUUUCAAGGGAGUUGGUAUUCGUUUUUUGCUCA